AUGUCAGGUUUAAAGUUCAAUUUGGUGGUGAUUAUGGCGCUCAUGCUUGCAUCUGUACAGUUUCACGACACGGUGGCUCAGACUACCCAUGUGGUCGGCGACGCCUUGGGUUGGAAUAUUCCUCCCAACGGACCUUCUGCUUACACAACCUGGGCAUCAGGUCAGACCUUCAGAGUCGGCGAUGUUCUUCUCUUUAACUUCACCACCGGAUUCCAUAAUGUUGCUGAAGUAGCUCAGGCGGCGUACGCACCAUGCACCACCGCCAACCCCAUCUCCAUUGCCACCACCGGUCCCGCUAGAGUCACCUUGAACGCACCUGGCACUCACUAUUACAUCUGCACCGUUGGCACUCAUUGCCAAAUUGGUCAGAAGUUAACCAUCAACGUCUCCGCCGCGUCUGCCACCCCUGCUCCAUCACCAACACCGGCACCUGUCAUCCCCACACCGGUUUCUCCACCAACCGCCACCCCAACCCCAACCCCAACCCCUGCUCCCUCCACUACAACCUCACCACCAACCUCCUCCCCUGCCCCUUCUUCCGACGAAGCUAGCCCAAUAUCACCACCCACCUUCGGCCAAUCUCCCUCCGGCAGUAACGCCCCUUCUCCCACAGAUACCACCAUUCUGCCACCACCAUCACCCAGUUCUGCUCCAUCUUUCACCACUGUGGUACCCUUCACUUUCUUGGCCAUAGCUUUAGCUUUCUUUUACUACAUCUAG